AUGAGCGCGGAGCGGGGCCGGCCCCUGGGCAGCCUGACCGUGUUCAGCAAGGAGGAUUUCGAGGAUGGCUGGCUCCGGGUGGCCAGCGGGGGCUUUGGCCACGUGUACCAGGUGAAGCACAGGAGGUGGAGGACGGUCUAUGCCGUGAAGUGCUCCCCGUUCCUGCUGCAGGACUCCGGCGCGGACAGGACCAGCAUGAACUGUCUGAUGGAGGAGGCAAGCAAGAUGGAGAAAAUCAAAUUCCAGCACAUCGUCACCAUCUACGGGGUGUGCAACAGCCCCCUGGGGAUAGUGAUGGAAUACAUGGCCAGGGGCUCCUUGGAGAGAAUCCUUCCCACCCACAGAAUGUCCUGGCAGCUGAAAUUCCGGGUGAUCCACGAGAUGGGCUUGGCCAUGAAUUUCCUGCACAGCAUGAGCCCUCCUCUGCUGCACUUGGAUCUGAAGCCAGGGAACGUCCUCCUGGAUGGGAACAUGCACGUCAAGAUCUCCGACUUUGGGCUGUCCAAGUGGAUGGAGCAGUCCAGCAGGAUGCAGUACAUCGAGAGCUCAGCUCUGAGGGGCACCCUGAGCUACAUCCCCCCCGAAAUGUUCCUGCAGAACAGCAAACCCCCUGGGAUCAAGUACGACGUGUACAGCUUCGGGAUCGUCAUCUGGGAGGUCCUCAUGCAGAAGAAACCUUACGCAGGGGCCAACAUGAUGGCCAUCAUCGUGAAGGUGGCAGCGGGCAAGAGGCCGGGGCUGGAGCUCGUCAGGGACGACUGGCCCGGGGAGUGCCACCAGAUGCUCGACCUGAUGAAGAGGUGCUGGGACCAGGACCCCAAGCAGAGGCCAAGCUUUGCAGAUAUCCCUGUGGAGACAGACGUGCUGCUGGCGCUGAUCCAGAGCCUGGUUCAGGACCCGGAGAACGAGCGCCUGGUCAGGAAGAUGUCCCACAAACCGGCCCUCUCCAGGGGCCAGCAGAGUGACAAAGAGGAGUUCGCCUUCCCCCGAGACACCAGGAGUGGGGGAAAGGACCAGCAGGACGUUCCUGCCCUGCCUCCGCACGGGGAGGCCGGGGGCCCCGAGGAGCUGGCGCCCGAGGAGCCGGGCCGGCUGCAGGAGAACGGCCUGACGCUGCUGCACCUGACGGUGAUGCAGGGCAACGCGGGCAAGGUGCGCUUCCUGCUGAGCUGCAGGGCCGGCGUCAACAGCGCGGCGGGCUGCGGCUGCACCCCGCUGCUCCUGGCCGUGCAGCGCCGGCUCCCCGAGAUCUGCUCCGUCCUCAUCGAGCACGGCGCCCACGUCAACGCGGCCGACGAGGACGGCUGGACCCCGCUGCACUUCGCCGCCCAGCACGGCGACGACAGGACGGUGCGGCUGCUGCUGGACCACCAGGCCCGCGUCGACGCCCAGGAGCGCGACGGCUGGACCCCGCUGCACCUGGCGGCCCAGAACAACUUCGAGAACGUGGCGCGGGUGCUGCUGUCCCGCCAGGCCGACUCCAACACGCAGGAGGUGGACGGCAAGACCGCCCUGCACGUGGCGGCCUGCUUCGGGCACGUGGGCCUGGUCAAGCUGCUGGCCAGCCAGGGAGCCGACCUGGAGAGGAAGCAGAAGAACCUCAGGACGCCGCUGCAUGUGGCCGUGGAGAGGGGCAAGUUCCGGGUGGUGCAGUACCUGCUGAAGAACGGCAUCUCCGUCAACAGCCUGGACCAGAACCACUACAGCGCCCUGCACCUGGCCGUGGUCAGGGGCAAGUACCUGAUCUGCGAGAAACUCAUCAAAUACGGGGCCAACGUGGAGCUGAGGACGGACAAAGGCUGGACCCCCCUGCACCUGGCCUCCUUCAAGGGGCACGUCGAGAUCAUCCGGCUGCUGAAGGGCAGCCGCGCCCGGCUGGACGCCAAGGGCGGCAUGGACUGGACGCCGCUGCACCUGGCCACGCGCUACGGGGACGAGGCGGUGGUCGGCGAGCUGCUGCGCUGCGGGGCCGACCCCAACACGGCCGAGAGGUCCCACUGGGCCCCCCUGCACUUCGCCGUGCUCAGGGGCUCCUUCCUCAGCGUCAUCAACCUGCUGGAGUGCCGCGCCGACGUCAACGCCAGGAACAAGGUGGGCCGGACCCCGCUGCACCUGGCGGUGCUCAAGGGCAACAUGGCCAUCAUCAAGACGCUGCUGAAGGCGGGGGCUCUGCUGGACGUGGAGGACAUCACUGGGUGCACGGCCCUGCAGCUGGCGGUGAGGCACCAGCGGGAGAACGUCAUCGCCCUGCUCCAGGGCAAGGAGUCCCCGGGGAGCAAACCUGGGAACAGGACUCUGGACGAUGCCAAGGCUCCCAGGCCCAGGCUUAUCCCAGGAAGGACGGAUCUGUAA